AUGACAUACAACAUGUCUACAUCACAACCUUGUUUGCUUUCUCUACAUCUCAAAACUGAAUUCAUGUUCCUUUUAGAGAGAAAACCAGCAUAUAACACAACCUUCAGCAACACACAGUUAAUAUGGGUCACUGGUGUUUCUCCUCCAGUCUCUCUGAUCAUCAGUCCAAACAGAACUCAACACUUCACAUUAGUCUCUCUCUCUCUGAGCUGUGAGGACCAGAGUAACUCUGAUAGAUGGACAGUGAGAAGAUACACAGAGAGGAAAGGACUAGUGGAUUGUUCAUCAACAGUGUGGGGAUCACAAGCAGGAUCUUCAUGUACAAUCAGCUUCAGCAAAACAUCAGACACUGGAGUGUACUGGUGUCAGUCUGAAUCUGGAGAGAACUAUCAUCCUGUUAAUAUCACUGUACACUCUGGUGUGAUUCUGGAGAGUCCUGUUCAUCCUGUGACUGAAGGAGAUUCUCUGACUCUACGCUGUUUAUAUCAACAUUCAACCUCGCCAAACUUCAGAGCUGAUUUCUAUAAAGAAGGAUCACUCAUCCAGAGUCAAACUACAGAGAUGAUCAUCUCUAAUGUCUCAAAGUCACAUGAGGGUUUCUACUACUGCAAACGCCCAGAGAGAGGAGAGUCACCCAAGAGCUGGAUCUCAGUCAGAGAUAUUCCCACACCAACUCUGACUGUGCUGCCACAGAAUUAUGAACGUUACACACAUUACAGUGAACCAGUAACACUGACAAUAUAUGAAAGUUCAAAACCCAAAGUGAGCAUUAAACCUGAUCAACAUGUAUUCAGAAGAGAGACAGUCACUCUCAGAUGUGACAUUGAUGCUGAAGGAGUCACUAUCUGGAAGUACAGCUGGUAUAAAGACGGUUCAGUCAGUGUUUUCAGUGAAGGACAGGAACACACAUUCAGGUCUGUUACUGAGUCUGAUGAGGGUAAAUACUCCUGUUAUGGAGCAGAGAGAGAAGGAUCACGAACAUCAAUCAUCAGUGAUGAAGUGACACUGACAGUAUCAGAUAAAGCCCAGACAGUUUUACGUGUUUCUCCUCAGAAGUGGUUGACUGAAGGAGAUCCAGUGACUCUGAUCUGUGAGGUUAAAGGUUCAUCUACAGGCUGGACAUUCAGCUGGUUUACUCAAACUACUGCAUCAGGAUGUGACGUCAUUAUUAGCUGA